UGUGCGGUUCCUUACUGAGUGCUGGUUGUGUUUCUCCUCAAUUAUAUUUUUGUGCCUCUAGAACAAAUAAUCAAACAAACGAGACUUGAUUAGGCGACUGAAAUGUGUUUGUGAAAAGUGGAUAAUAUUGUGACUGCAAAAAUAAACUCAUUAUCAGUUGGCAACAUGAGUUUGGUUCUACCAGUUCUCUUAUUGGGACUUACGUGGACCAGCCAUGCUCAGACAGUGUGUUCAGUGUCCAAAUACAGAUCCUUCGAUGGAAGGUGUAACAACGCCAGGCACACAGAAUGGGGAGCCGCCAACACAUCCUUUGUAAGGCUUCUGCCUCCUUAUUACGAUUCAGAGCCUGCUGCGACUCCAUCGGUCAAGGCAGUUAUUGGGUUGGCUACAGAUGGAGUAUCAGUCGGCCGCCAUAGCUAUGUCACUAGCCUGCUUCCAUUGUGGGCAGAACUGAUUAGGAGGGACAUCUCCGAUGGGUACACCAAUGAAGCAGGAGUGCUGUUAAACUCACAGACUGGAUUCCUCGAUGGAUCCGGAUUGUAUGGAACAACUGCAGAACAGGCAGAAAGACUGCGAGGGGAUGGUGGCAAACUGAACUUGACUGCGUGUUCAGAAUGCCGCAAUGUAGGAUCAGGUCUCGGGUUGGUACACUCCACUUUGCUGUUGGAACACAACCGGUUAGUCUCGCAGUUGGCAGCAUUGAAUCCUCAUUGGAGUUCUGACACGCUGUACUUUGAGGCACGUCGGAUUAUUAUCGCUGAAGUUCAACACAUCACGUUCAAAGAGUUCUUACCCACAUUACUAGGAGAGGUAGUAGUGUCAGAAUGGUCUCUUCAGCCAGCAGAGAGGGGAAGAUAUUCAGGAUAUUCCAGUUCCAUCAGAGCCGGGACAUUUUACAGUGUAGCCACCUCCGGCCUGCAAAUCAUCCCAGGCAUGCUGCCAUCUACUCUGAAGUCAAGAUCAGACAGUCAGAUGAGAGACAGCUCCAGUGUAGAGGCUGUGAUGGCUGGAAUGUUCUCCAUGGUACUCAACACACCAGCCCUUCUGCCAGCAUUGAGAGACAAAGACCAAUGGAGUCGCCUGUUGGAAGAGUCAAGACAACAGAAACUGCCAGGAUAUAGAGAGUGGCUGAAGUGGUGCUCGGAACGUUCCAACAAGUCUGUGACAGGAGCAAUACCAGCUGAGGCCCAACAGAUGCUGAACACACUUUACAGGAGUCCUCGGCAGGUAGACUUGCUGGCGGGAGGUAUCUUGGAGCAGCCGCAGCAAGGCAGCGUGUUGGGACCUGUCCUGACAUGUCUGAUGGCUAAUCAGUUCCGUAUGUUGAGAGACAGUGACCGCUACUGGUAUGAGAACGACAUUCCACCAGCGUCACUCACUAAUGAUCAGCUGACAGAGGUGAGGAAGGUGACUCUGGCAGGUCUGUUGUGCUCCAAUGUGCCUCAUCUUCUAAGUGUCCAGCCCAGACCUUUCUUGCAAGAGGAUUCAUACCUGAAUGCCCAAAUCGGAUGUGAUCACUUCUCCCCACUGGCUGUGGAGGCGUGGAGGGAAGACACGCAAGAGUUAGACUCAGCCCAGGAGGCCGUGUCCAUGGAAAUGCUGAAGCAGGCGAUCCGUCAAGCAGAGGACGACGUUCAGAGACGCUUCCAGACAGAAUAUCUACUUUAUACACACAAGGGCGGAGUGGACCCUAAGUCUCCCAUUGGAAUUGCCGCAGCUUUCAGCAAACCCAACAAAGCUUCGUUCCUUCUAGCGAACACAUCAAUACUGCUCGAAUACGCUUCUAGGGAGAUUAUCAACAACAUUGGAAAUAAAAACCGACGGAGGCGACAGUUGGACAGCGGAGACAACAUUAUCGGCUUUGGCUCAACUCUCUCUGACUUGCCAUUGAAAGACUUCUUGUCUGACAUUGACGUGACGAGCUUUCUGCCAUCUUUGACACGUCAUAAUAUUGCCGAUGAUGAGGUGUGCAACGAGGAGCAAGGGCCGUGUGAUCCCCGCAGUCCCUACAGAAGUUUCAGUGGUCAUUGCAACAACCUGGAAAGGCCCAACCUCGGCAGGAGUGUCACUACGUUUGCUCGUCUUCUUCCGUCCGUCUAUGAAAAUGGUAUAUCUUCCCCUAGAGUCACCUCCGUGACUGGUGUAGCUCUACCCUCACCUCGCUUGGUGUCAUCUACAGUACAUCCUGAUAUCAGCAACCUACACUCACGCUACACACUGAUGGUCAUGCAGUUGGCUCAGUUUAUAGACCAUGACUUGACGUUCACACCAGUUCAAAGAGGAUUCUUCGCCUCCAUCCCGGACUGUCGGUCUUGUGACUCCCCCCUGACUGUCCACCCGGAGUGUAUGCCUAUUACGAUACCCACGGGUGACCAGUUCUACCCUCAGAUCAACAUCACGUCUGGUGCUCGGGUGUGUCUGCCCUUCAUGAGGUCACUUCCAGGCCAACAGAGACUGGGAUCACGGGAACAGAUCAACCAAAACACAGCGUACCUGGACGGCUCACAAAUUUAUGGCCAGGACUCGUGCAUGGCUCGUGGUCUGCGUAGUUACGGUGGUCGCCUGAACGCCACCAUCAGACACAACGGAGACAAGGAUUUGCUGCCGUUGAGUCCAUCUCACCCUGAGUGUAAGGCACCCAGCGGAUACUGCUUCAUUGCUGGGGACGGAAGAGCAAGUGAGCAAGCAGCGUUGACGGCCAUACACACUGUGUACAUGCGAGAACACAACCGACUAGUCCACGCCCUACACGCCGUCAACCCUCACUGGGGCGAUGAGAGACUAUACCAGACGGCUCGACGUAUCGUUGUUGCCAGCUACCAACACACAGUGUACAACGAGUUUCUGCCACGACUGUUGGGUUGGAACGCCAUCAACUUGUACGGACUAAAACUUACACCACAGGGAUACUCCAAGACCACCUACAGUUCAUCUUGCAACCCGAACAUUGUGACGGAGUUUGCGACCGCCGCCUUCCGUAUCGGCCACUCGCUGCUACGCCCGCACCUGCCUAGGAUGAACAGUCAGUACCAACCCGUUGAGCCAGCUGUUCUGCUCAGGGAUGUCUUUUUCAAUCCAGAUAUUGUACAUCAGCGCCACAUGGUGGAUGAGCUGAUACGAGGAUUGGUCGCCACGCCCAUGGAGAACCUCGACCAGUUUAUCACCGGAGAGAUCACCAAUCACCUGUUUGAAGACAGAAGGGUUCCCCAUUCUGGCAUGGACCUUCCAGCUCUAAACGUGCAGAGAGGCCGAGACCAUGCCAUCCCCUCGUACAAUGAGUACAGAGCUUUGUGCAAUCUGAAGCGAGCUACUACAUGGGAGGAUCUGAGCAGGGAAAUUCCAGCCGAGACUAUUGCCAGGUUCCGCCGUAUCUAUGCCAGUGUAGACGACAUUGACUUGUUCCCCGGAGGUUUGAGCGAGCGAGCUGUCCAAGGCGGGCUGGUAGGACCAACCUUUGCUUGCAUCAUCGGACUACAGUUCCGCCAACUGAAGAAGUGUGAUAGGUUCUGGUAUGAGAGUGCUGACCCGAUAGUCAAGUUCACCGAGCCACAACUAGUAGAGAUCAGGAAGGUGGUUCUGGCCAAGACACUGUGUGAUAACUUGGACACUCAGGGCACCAUCCAGAAGUCUGCUCUGGACCAACCCAACGACUUCUUAAAUCCACGAGUGCCAUGUCAGUCGCUUCCAACGAUUGAUGUAAACGCUUGGAGAGAAAAUGCAGCGCAGGGUUGCCAAAUUGCAGGACGGACUGUCCCUGUUGGUGAUACAGCGUUGCCAACUCCCUGCACAAGCUGUGUCUGUACUGCUGAGGGGCCACAAUGUGCGUCCCUCAGAGUACACGACUGCUCCCAGUUGAUGAGAGAGGCAGGGCGAGACGCCAUAUUGAGGGACGAGGUGUGCGCCGCACAGUGCUCCUCAUUGUUGUUGUCCUCGCCCGGCCCAACUCUAGAAGCUAUCGAGGAGGUUGUGUCUUUGACAACUCGUAAGCCGCAGAGUCGUGCCCGAGACUUCCUCCCCACCCGGCUGAUCCCCCCUCCCCCACAACCACCUCGACGACCUUCUCUGAGGAGCUUCAAACUGCCUGACAUCUUAUUCGGUUGAACACCUUCGUCCUCCACUUCUUUAUGAUGUGGCUUAACCAUUUUUAUCGAGGAUGUUGUAAGAUAACUUUGUUGAAGUUAACAAAGUUUUAUUUGUUGAACAUGAAGUUCUGGAGUGUUACAAAUCAAUAGUAGCAAAGGAAAAAAUAUUUGAUCAUUUUUGUUUUGGGUUUUAUGUAAAAUUUAUUUUAUUUAAAACUCUUACUUUGUUCAGCUAAAAAACUUAUGAGGUUUAAAAAGUGUUUUUUAUUAUCGGAACAGAAUAAACAAUCUGGAUUUCGAAACCAAACCAAAACUGUACAGGAUGGUUUUAGGAUAGGUAAAAAUCUGGUGAAACCUAGGUUCUUUACUGUUUGAAAAAAGCUGCUUGACAGCUUGCUUGGAUAUUAUGUUAUCCUUCCAAGUUUUUUAUAACAAAUACUCCAUUUACAAACUUAUUUAAAAUGUUCUCAACACAUUUUAAGAAAUUCUCCUUUUAGGAAAAUAAUUUUAAUUAAAAAAAAAAGUUUUCUCACACAUUUAUGAAAUUUGUUGUUUGGUAUAGUAUGUAUUUAUAAAACUUGACUCAAAAAACAUUUAUACAUUGAAAUAGUUGUUUAACCUUUGAAAGAAUUUGUAAGCAUGUCAUUUGUUUUUUUGUUAACAUUUAGUGUUUAUUUGUAGGCUACCUCAUGUCUCAAUAUAAGGGCUGAUACGGCUGAUAAUGCAUAAUAUUUGUGAAAGAAAUAUAAGAUACAAGUGAUUUUAGGGUUCCCAAAUGAGACGUUAGUGUAUAUAAACAAAGCAUUAGUUGUUUGUUACCAAUUUAGGUACCUUUUAUUCUUGUGUUUCAUCCUUAGUUAGUCCAAUUAGGGAUGACUGUAUAUAAAUAGAAUAACCCUUGAAAAGUAGUCAAUUUGAAUUCUAAAGAGCUCAAUUAGAUUAGUGAUGAAUUAUAUAUUUGAGUUAGUAAUUUCACAGUGAAUUGUAAACUAAUAAUAUAGGUACUUAGUGCAUUAAUUUUAAGUUUUGAUUUUUCAUUGAAAGUAUUUAAUAUGAGAAUUAGCCGUUGCUUGAAAACAGCUAUAUUAUGUGCCAAUUGUCUUAUUUCUAUUAUUUGAUCAAUCACUUUUAAUAAUUUGUAAUAUUGUUUUACUACCUAUAGAAAAUUGUAUUAUAAAAUAUUGUAUAUAUUCUUAUAAGAUAAAAAGAUUAAGUUUUCAAA